AUGAAAUUUUUGAAGGAAGAGCUGAAGGAAGAGAUGCGCAAGAAAAGGAAACGGGACCUGAAGAAGAAAACUAAGAAGGCUAAGAAAAAGCAGAAAGCCUUCAAGGUCCAGCAACAGUCAGGGAUUAAAAAGGCCCUGGAGGAUUAUCUAGCCGCUCAAACACAAACCAUCACGAUAGAAGACUCCGAGAGGGUGGUAGAAAUGCCGUCAGGAAGUAGAUCGCUACCAGCGAAAAGUCCAGCAAUAUCAGAUUCCGCACAGAAAAUCUCAGAAAAUGACUCCGCACCAGGCUCCUCUCCAACAACACCUGUUCCAAGAAAACUCGGCCAAAUGCCUAUGGAGAAUCCACAGGAGGGUGAAGGCCAAUGA